AUGCCACUGGUUGACCCCGUGACGAUGUCAGCACCAUCAUCAUCAAAGGCCGCCUCCGACGCGGGCAAGCCAAAGGACAGCGGAUUGCAUCCCGUCCACGGCCUGGCGAGCCCUGCCGCGCAGGUCGUCAGACACCUCCAGCCGGUGCUCAUCUCCGGCUUCUUCCUCGCGCAGUUCAGCUCCCUGGUGGCAGACCCCGUGAGAACCCUCCAGAAAUCGCUCCCGGUCGUUGUCGCGAUCCAGGUCGUCUACGCCUUUGUCAGUCUGCCGGCCGCUGGAUCGCAAGGCGUAAAGCUGUCGAGGAAGCCUCGGCCGGGCGAGAAGAAGAAGGUGGUUGAGAGCACGGGGCCCAAUAUCUUCAUUGCUCUAUUCCUGUCCCUACUCCUCGCUGUCAUCGUCACGCCAGCCAUCCACAUCGUCCUCGUCCUCUUCGGCGCCCCCUUCCAGACCCACGUACCGCAUACCCUCUUCUGCUCCGUCAAUAUCGCCAUUCUCUCGUUCUUCCCGCUCUUCUACGUUCACGGAGUCGAUGGGAGCACCUGGGCUGCUCUCGCCAGCGCGGCGGCACCGAUGGACGAACUAUACGGUGGUCUCGUAGGAGGGGUGUUGGGCGCGUGGCUCGGCGCAGUGCCCAUUCCGCUCGACUGGGACCGCGAGUGGCAGAAGUGGCCCGUCACGAUUGUCUGCGGCCUCUACGGCGGAUACAUCUUGGGCAAGACGACUGGUGGCACAUUGGCAUUUGGCAGGAAAAUGGCUCCCUCCGCCAACGACGACGAAUGA